UAUUAUCAUAUCGUUUCAAGUAUAUUAUGUUUGUGGUUAUUUAUAGCUUUAUAAAGUUUAAAACAUAAUCAAGAAGUUGAAUUGAAUUAACCUACAUGCACAUUUAAAAAAAAUCCUUUUAUCAUAUGCAUUAUAAUUUUUUAGCACUUUUGCCAAUUAUUUUAUUGAUAAUAUUUAUGAUAGUAAAAAUAUAAAGUAUUUCAAGAUGAUGAUGCAACAUAUGAAAGAACUGGAGCAGGAGCCUUUUAAUACUGAAGAGUUUAUCGAUCGAUUAACCUGGCGAACGUUGAGUGAAAGUGGUUCACAGAAAUUUGAUCCAGAUUUGUUACAUGAUGCUUUUAGACAAGCUAUAAAGGACCUUAAAAUAUUACAAGAACGGCAACAAAAAAAAUGUGAAAAACUCGAGGCACAGGUCAUAGAAGAAGAACAGAGCCAUGCUCAAAAGCUGGUUACAUUAUUGGAUAAACAUCAGAACUCUGUACGAAUGUUUCAUGAAUUAGAUGAAAAAAUUAACUCAGUUUCAACCAAAGUUCUUCAUCUUGGCGAACAAUUGGAAAGUGUAGAUGCACCUCGCUCUAGAGUUGCUGAAGCUCAAAAACUUAUGCACUACUUAGGCGAAUUUUUAAGUCCUGGGCCAGUUCUUGCACCAAUAUUUAUUGAUAAAAGCAAGCUAAGUGAAGCUGCAGAUAUCAUCCAGAAACUUCACUCAAUUGCACAAGAUUUGCCAGUAGAAAAAUUUGAUUCAGCAAAAAAGAGAAUUGAAGCAAAAUAUGAUGAAAUUGAAAGAAACCUUAUUGAGGAAUUUGUUCGAGCUCAACAAGUAGAAGAUAUAGAUAAAAUGAAAAAAUUAGCUAGUGUUUUAUCUCAUUUCAAAGGUUACUCUCAAUGUGUUGAUGCAUACAUAGAACAAAGUCAAAUAAGUACUUAUGGAGGAAAAGAUAUUUUCUCGGGAAUUGUUCCUAUGUGCGAAAGAAAUAAUAAAAUUAUUCAAUCUGUAUUUAGUAGUCCACAACAAGUUAUGGGUAAAUUUGUGUUAAAUAUUUUUCAUUUAAAAAUUCAGCAAUUUACAGAAAGCAAAUUGUCAGAUAAGCAUGACCCAGAAAAAUACCUUAAAAAUUUAAGUGAAUUAUAUUCCAGAACUGUUAAAUUAUCAACUGAUUUAUCGAAUUUUGAUUUGGGAUCAGAGGAUGAUUAUUUGUCCAAAUUAACAACAAAUAUAUUUUCAAAAUAUUUGGAUUCUUAUAUAAACAAUGAAAUGAGUUGUUUAAGACAAAAGUGCUCCCAAAUAUUACAAAAAUUUUAUGAUAGCAAAAAACAUGUUAAGAAACAACUUCAAAGUGGGGGAUUUCAAGAUUUACGAAGAGAUCUUCAAGCUAAGCUAGCAGCAAGAACUAAUCUAAAUAUAGCACAAAUUGAAGACUAUGGAGGAGAAACAUUUUUAUCGGAGGAGCUCGCUAUCAACAUUCUGCAAGAAUCAAAAACAGCUUUGAAUAGAUGUUUAAUGUUAUCAAAAGAAUCUGAACUUCCCACAAAUAUGGUAUUACUAUCAGAUCUUCUAUUUCACUUUUUGCUGACUGAGCAUUGUGACUACGCUCUAGAAUUAGGAUUGCAAGGCGUUCCAUUAGGAGAGAACAAGACACCUCCACAGAUUUACUUUUUUGAUAUUAUCAGACAGUGUAAUACAAUUGUUCAUUUGCUCGAAAAACUUUUGACUGAUAGUGUUUUACCAAGCAUUGUAUCAACUCCAAAACAUGCAGAUUUUUUGCAAAAGAAACGAUUUGCAGUGGAAAGUCUUGAAGUGAAAUUGGAUACAGGUUUAGAUCGAUCUUUGAACGCUGUUAUUACAUGGGUCAAAAACUGUUUACAGAAUGAGCAAAAAAAAACUGAUUUUAAACCUGAAACGGAUGUUGAUACACUUCCUACACAGCCCUGUCAAAAUGUUGUGCAAUAUGUAACGUCUAUAGUUAAAAAAAUACGCGAAUGUUUGGAUGGUAAAAAUCUAAACUCCUUGAUGUAUGAGCUAGGAGUAAGAUUUCAUCGAGUAAUAUAUGAGCAUUUACUGCAAUUUCAGUACAAUUCUGCAGGGGCCAUGAUUGUGAUUUGUGAUGUAAAUGAAUAUCGGAAAUGCGUUCGGAAUUUUGAUUGUGAAAUUGUUGUCAAAUUAUUUGAUACAGUUCAUGCUCUUUGUAAUUUAUUACUGGUGAAACCAGAAAACUUACAGCAAGUGUGUGAAGGUGAAACCCUUGCAGAGCUGGAGUAUUCUAUUUUAUCGAACUUUAUACAGUUACGUACCGACUAUAAAAGUAAUAAGUUGGCUACAUAUCUGAAAGGAUUAGCAACAUAAGGCCGCAUUUAUUAAAUAAAAUAAAAA